AUGGCAUUGACGCAAGAUUGCAACGCAAUAAUUCCUCAAAAGAUGCAGGAUCCAGGGAGUUUCACAAUUCCUUGCUCCGUUGGUGGAAUUUACAUCGGUCAUGCCUUAUACGAUUUAGGAGCAAGUAUUAACCUCAUGCCCUUAUCAAUCUUCAAACAACUGGAAACUGAAGAGCUCACGCCUACCACGGUUACUUUACAAUUAGCAGAUCGAUCUUUGGUGCACCCAGAAAGUAAGCUCGAAGAUGUGCUGGUUAAAGUAGACAAAUUCAUUCUACCUGUAGACUUCAUCAUAUUAGAUGAUGAAGCAGAAAAAGAAGUGCACAUCAUUCUGGAAAGACCAUUCCUAUCUAUGAGAAAAACCUAG